CCAUCGAUUAUUUCAACACUAGUUUUAAGCGAAAAGUCUGCUUUUUCUGCUGAAUUUAUAUCAAAACCAUUCGCCAUGCCGGAAGUAACUACAUUAGAAGAACAAACCUCUAAUACCCCAACAAUUACAGUAGAGCCGACAGCGUUAAAUAACAUGACACCUAAUCCAUCAGCCACUCAAACUAAUGAACAAGACAAAAAUUCCGAACAAAAUAUUCCUCAACAUCUUCGUAAAACUCGCGGAGGAGGAG